AUGCGCCCAAAGACCGAACGCGAGAUGUCGCAGCAUACACUCGGUUCAAGUCUGCAUUUACCUUUCAAGGCCUCUGCGACGUCUCUUGUAAUGAGUCCUAGUGUAUCAUCACUAAAUUCCUCGCCUGGUGCCCAGCAGUCCGAAGUCGUUGUUAUGGACAUCCGAGAUGUGCCGUCUGUGCAUCCCCUGUCCAGAACCCUCACAUAUAUGAUCCCCAACAACCGUCCACCAGUCCUCCCUCACGAACCGCAUGUCCUAUCGGCACUACUUGUCCCCUUCCUGGGACCCUUCACUGGUGAGCGUCUCGCUGUAGAGCAGCAGACAGCUGUCGAGACGUUCGAAUACAUGAUGAGGACAUGGAGGGCUCCUUCCAACGAGGAAGAAUUGGGGCGCUGUCUCUGGUGUUGCAAUGCCGCUUCGGCGCCUUCAGCUUCGCGCGUACGCAUUCUAGGUGCUCUGUCUUCUCUCCUCUUCUCUCGGGACAAGACAUUCACUGCCGAGACGCCUAUGAUUCUUCGGACGCUGUAUCAGGGUCUGUUCUCGCUUCUGCUUUGCCUUGCGUCCUCCGGCGACUCAGUCGCGGCGGAGUCACUCAGAGCCUACAUUGCCGCUGUACGAGACGGCCAGUGUGGCAGUUCCUCACCGCAGUCACUGGAGAAGGAGUACGGCGUGCGAUGGACGAAGAACGAUAGCGAUACGCGUGUAAGGCAUGCUAUCGCCACGGAGAGCGUUAUCGGAUGUAUCGAGACUGGAUCCGAGAAUAGCCGCAAGUGGAUGCUGCACAAUUUGCUGGAGGAGUUCUGGCCCUUGCCCGAGGACACACUAUCGCCGACUCCAUUGGACUCGUGCAUCAAGGCCCACAAGCUCCAGCUGUUUGCGAACGCCGCGACGGCGUUGCUGUUCUCUUCGGCUGAGACGAAUACCGGAGCUCAAGUGGCUGAUGUGGCGGUCAUAAGCCGCGUCUUCCAUACGCGUGUGCUGCCGGAGAUUCAUUCCAUACGGAAUAAGGAUGCUGGUCAGACUCGCCACACGGUGAUUAGGUUCGCGCUGGACCUGGCAUGCACUCCCAGCAACCCCGAUAGAGAGGCAUUUUUUACUCAGCUUUCGGCCUGGCUAGGAGACAAACAAGAUUGGAACAUCGCCGUAGAGGAGACGAUAAAUGAAUUGAUCACUAAUGCGGAAUGGACGACUAUUCUUCGUCUAUUACCCGGCGUCGCAAAUGUCUUCCCCGAGGAGUUACGAAGCCGGACAGUCACCCUGAUAUUGCCUUUGCUGCACGACCGGCUCAUAGACAACGGCCCCGACCAUCCGUGCAAGCCGCUCACCGACUUCCUCGAUGUCAUCUCCCACGCUUACCCCAGGUUACUCUACAAGCCGAUCUUCACUUGUGCAGCAUCUGCGAAGGACCUGACCAUAGGGACGCAACUGUGCGUACUGACAUGCUUGACAAAAUUCCUGACGGAUUUCUGGUUCCACGAUGCCGAUAUGGUUUCCGUCGCCCUCAUGAGCGAUCCUGCGGGAGCGAAGUCGCCUCCUGUCCAAGGCGCGAAGUGGGGUAGAGCUCGUACCGGUCAAUCGGUGCUACUGGUAGAAUUGAUCACGGCGUUGCGAGCUGCUCGUCACUCCCAGGACUUGAGGACGGUCUCCACCGCAACACGAUUCGUGACCGCUGUGGAGGCGCGGCUUGGUGCAUUGAUACAGGCGAAGGAGCAAAAUACUAGAAUCCCCGUGUCACAGAGAAUAUUAUUCUGUGCUCUUUUCCGUGAGAUCCGGUUGUUGACUCGGUCCCUGAAGCCCACUGCUUGGCUGUCCUCGGUUAUUUCUUGGGCCUCGUACGAUCCGGACCGAGAGGACAACGAGGAUGUGUAUCAGGAGGAGGAAGUUGGGAUCAGUCUCGACAAGCUUAGAGCGCUCUAUGCGCAUGCCAACGAGGCCUUGCGGGGCGGCAGCAAGCGGAGGACUACAGCCUUCGUGUCUCCAAGCCUCAGCAUUCAGCGGUCUGCCUCCUCAGCAGAUAUGUCAGUUUCAGGCUUCCUUUCUGACAGGCUCGAGCUGUUGGAUUCUCUGCAAGGAGCGUCCGUGAACACCAUGUUCCCGCUGCUGGUGCUGGUCUCUGGGUUGCUGAACCAGGACCACUACGCCCACUUGGCUCCUACCCUCUGGAGCAGAUGUCUCUCGGAGGCUAGUGUCGUAGUAGGCUCAUCGACGACAUUUCUUGUUAUGCAAUGUGCAGAGAAGGCUCCUGCUGAGAUCGUUCGAGCAAUCGAGCAUGAUCUCUCGCAUCAAGACCCAGAGAUUUGUCUGUCUGCGAUCAAGAAGAUGGAGAUGAUUGCGAGCUGGCGUUCUCACCUGCUAGCCUUGGACGUCAUCCUCGACCGCACGUACCGACGGCCUUUCAAAGUGGCGCGACCGCCUAUCCCAUUCGUGCCAACCGACAUGGGCUCGAGCCUCUUCGUCUUGGACGAAGACGUUUAUGAGUUCAAGGACAAUCACGGACAUGUGCUACCUCUUGAGCUUCGCAGGCGACUCGCGGAGAUCGGCUGGGACGAGGAAGAUCGCACCAUAGAUCCUAAGACACAAUGGAUCAAGACGCCCAUGUCGCUGCUACCGAGUCUGCAUCUGGAAUCCCUCGACGCACCAGUCGAUGACAUGGCCGGCAUCGGUCGGGCUUCUAGUCACAGUCCUAGUCCUGAUCCAUCCCCGACGGCAUCGCCGUCGAAGGAGGGACCACGCCUCAGACGGUCGUCCAGUGACAGUAGCAUGCGGGGAUCCAAACGACGGCCUGUCUUCGUCCCCGCCUUGGUAUCGUUGCUUCCACGACUGGCUGCUAUGGACAACGAUGAAGACUUCGAAGUUGCCAACACGGCGAGGCAUUUCAUCCUUGAUCUCAUGCGAGAUGACCCUUCCUUGCUCUCUCGCUCUGCGUACCAUUCCAUCUCCGGAGAAGAGAGCAGCCUAAUUUCCGCCACUUCGUUGGUUAUGGCCUUCUUACAUGCUCAACAUGCGCUGCCGCCAGCUAUGGCUCACCACCUGCUGAAUCACCUGGCUGGCUUCCUGAAGUCGUCCGCCAGCCAGCAGGCUCGCGCACACCCGCUUCAAGGCUAUGCAUACGCGUUGCCAGCCAUAGCCAGGCUUGUCACGCAAGUGAGCAAAAUGUCCGUCCGUGAGCUGCGGCGCGCAAAAGUCGACACGUUCCUCCUACCGUCCGGCGCGCUCUGGUUCGCGCCGUCUGCUCCUGCUGGGCCGUUGUUCCCGCGAGGGCUGGAUGAGAAUCAAGAUCCGUUUGAAUCCUUGCCGAGGCCUCUCGUAUGGAUUACGCUCAUCAGAACGGCACAGAACAUGCUCUUCCUCCGCAUGUUGGAGCGAGAUCCGCAGGCAUUGAAGCAUAUCAGGAAGAACUUGGUAAGACUGGAGCUGCCGUCACUUGAUGGCGACGGUCAUCCCGGAUCUCUUGCCUUCGCUUCCUUCUUGCCGCACAAGACCCGAGCACGGAAACCUGACAAUGCGGUCCUCAUGGCAUUGUCUCUGACCCUGGCCCGGAGCUACUUGCUUUUGGCCGCACAGAUAUUCUGGUCUAUGACCCGGCACUUGAAUGACAGGCAAGAAUUGGCCAUCCUCGUCGAUGGCUUGAAUCGCGUGCUCCUUACGCACGGAGACGACAUCGGGGUCGUAGGACAUGCCUUGCUAGCUUUCAUGUUGGCGAGCACGCGCUUCAAGCGCAUGUUCAUCUCCGGUGGUGCAUACGCGCUAUUCAUGCCCGCAAUCAUCAAGACGUAUUGCGAGGCCGAAUUCCAUCCGGGGAUACGGGCUGCAAUCGAAUAUGCCGUGAACCGCUUCUACGCACUGCACCAGGAGUCCUUCGUCUUCCAGAGCUUCGAUGUCGUAUCGCGGAUGUUCAUGUCCCCCGACAUGGACCAGCCGUGGCUCGCCAAACAGGUCUUCGCGUUGUUCUCCACUCUCAAGAAUGGCACUGCGCCAUUGGCACCCGACGUCGCGGGCAUCUACGACCUUACCAAAUUGCAAGAGCAGGAAAACCGGAUGGUUGCUGUCGCGGAGGAAGUGCCUCAGACGUUCCUCGCAUCGCUUCGCAGAGGCGGGAACGGGAAGAGACAAGUCACGCUAGUGCUGCCUGAGGACUACGAGUGGAAGCGCCUGGGACUUGACAACCUCGUGCGCCUGUUCUUGACGGUCAUCGCGCACAACCCUGCCAUCCAGCGCGCGGAGCGCUUCAUGCGCUCUCUGCGGCUCCUGGCGCCCUACCUGUAUAAUGCAUCGAGCUCGUCCCGUACGGUUCUGCGCGACGGCAUUGAUGCGCUCGGGGCGAUCCUCGUCAGCCGGACCGCUGCCAAGGCGAAGAUGCCCGACACGAUGCAGCCGCGUGCUACGGAUGACUUCACGUAUGAGGUCCUCGUGGAGGGGAACUCGAAUGAGUCACAGCCGGCACUGUCCCCUGCGGAUAUCGUUGCGAUGCGCCUGGACUAUCUGUCGCUGGUCGUGGCCUUUGCUCAGGCAGGCGGGGAACUAGGCACAGCUGCACCCGGACGCGUCGUGGAAUUGACGAAGAUAGUCCUGAGGGAUUCGAUCAUUAGUGCAGACCGUGUCGCUGCGUUCUUGACAGACUACAUGAAGGCUUCACUACUCAGGGAGCCGACGCCGAGCCUGAAAGAGGCGCUUGCGCUACUGAACGACUUUGUGCCCGUCGUGAGCGCGUACAGCACGUCGGUCAACUUCUCUGGGGUGUUCGAUGUCUUGACCUCCCUCUGCGGCAACUCGGUUUUCGCCAACCAACCACGAUUCGCCCAAGUAGUCGUGGCGGGGUAUUGCAGAGCUGGACUGGAGGCCUGUGAAGCUGCUGCGUCGGAGAGCUGGCUCCUCUCUCUACCAUCUCGUAUGAGUGUCAUCCGGCUCAUGAACGCUGCUGUCACCCUCGUGGGCGCGGACGUCCUGGAGGAGCUGGCAAAGCACCCACCCUCAUACGACUUCCUCACCGGUGUCGUGCUCCCUCUGACCCUCUCGCUCAAGACCGCGGGCGAACUCAGCACAGGCAACCAAUGGACAGAAUCAUGGCACAGGGAGGCGCACUCCCGAGCGUGGGCCCGCCUGCUUACGUACACCCUCUCCGCCUGCCAGAACCCACACGUACCGCGCGAGCAGGCCGAGGAUCGGCGCAAGUCGUCGGACAGCCGGCUUUCGGGCGCGAGCAGCCAGAAGGCCGCGAUGUCGCUCACGAUCGCGCUGCAGAUCCUCAAGGUCGUCGUCGUCCGUGCGGAGGACGACCUCUCUGCGUUGAUGCCCCACGUCUGGGCCCACGUCGGCGCGCUGCUUCGGAGCCUCUUGGAUGAUGGCGACGCGGCGUUCGCGACGAAAUCAAGGGACUACUCCGAGCCCCCGUCGCCCUCGCUCUCGCCCAAGGGGAGCCCGACGUCGGACCCAUUCCUGCCGGGUUCGUCGUCGAGGCCUUGGUCCGGGUCCCCGCCUCGCUUGAUUGACUAUCUAAUGUGGUCGUUCAUACAGUGGCUUUGCCUACGGAAGAGCCCGCUCGUGGUGCAGAUGCGAGGGUUCGUGCAGGAGAAAGUCGCGCUCGUCGAUCAGGAGACUGUCCGCGCGGACGAUCCCAACAUGAGCACGUCGUUCGGGGUCAGCCCGAUCUCGGUCCGCCGCUUCUCCAUCUUCACGAAGCCGCGGCGGAGUAUGGCUCACGAGAGCGCUGCUUCUUCAGCUGCGUCGACGCCGCGCCACUCGACUUUUCUGAACACCUCGUUGUCGCUGCCAACGUUUGACGAGUCAUAUCUGCGCGCGUCGACCCCGCGGAAGGAUGAAGGGACGCGGCUGGCGGGCUACGCGCGUGAUGUGAGCCCGAUAUCCCCGUCUGGACGUACAGGAAGAGAGUCUGGACCCAGGAUCGUUCAUCUUGGCCCGGUCACCCCGCUGUCAGUCUAUGGUGGGCUCCAUGCGAAGAGGGCCGCAUCACCCAGUGGGGCCUCGCGCGGAAAGGCGGGGACCGUCUUGGAGGCUGCGAAAGAGCGCACGGUGACGAGCGUCGUGCUCGUACGCGGGACGUACCGUCGCAUACGCCUAGCUCAGACCGUUCUUGGCUACUCGAUGGUUCUGCCCCUUGGGGAAGGCGAAGAGGAAGACAUGAAUGAGAUGCAAGUGCGCGCGUGGACGAGGAAGGAGGCACUGGAGGCAGUCCUGCAGGAGGUAAAGGAUCUGAUGGAGGAGUUCCGCGAGGAGUACUCUGGCGUGGGCGACGAUAGUCUGGUCAUCGUUGAUGCGGAGGAACCGAGCUCACCG